AUGAGCCAUGUCGGUACAAACACCCAGGCCGGUUAGGGGACCACCCCGUCGACAUCCAUCAGUUCAGGGCGUCUCCCUUGCGAUCAGCUUCAAGGGCCAGUCCUACGACCCCAGCACCGAAUCAUUCAACCAAUCCGACAGCCGUUCUCGGUCACUGGAGGCCACGUUUGACUCACCAGGACCGACGAGAUUCCAGCGAAUUACGCAAGAAGAUCAAAGUGAUUCUGGGCGAAAGUCUUGACGAGGACUCACCCCCCGGCCUGUGCAGAUCGAGGCCAUUGCUGCCCUUUUCGAACUCGAUCAAUUUGGGAACCGGAAUCGAUAUGACGCUGUGUUCGUCACAGCGCCAACGGUUCAGGCAAAAGUGUUAUCUUCGAAGCAAUGUAUCUCAUUUACGGACGCCGGGCCGUCACCAUUGUUGUCAUUCCACUGAAUGCACUGAGCAAUCACUGCAUCAGGUGAGUUUUUCUGCCGACUGGGCUUGCUGGACAGACAUUCGUGCUGGUUUCCGCAGUCACAUGCUUCUUUCAGGCUGCCAAUCUCAUUGAAAGGGAAAGAACGCGAUUGUCGUAUCUGAGGAGACCUGGAGAGACGGCGAGCUGUACAGGCAGUUGGACGACCCCAAUCACAAGAUCUCCUUCAUUCUGAUCGUAUGUGCCGGUUGA